CCUCUACAAUUAUGUAUACGUUCAAUAUUGUUAUAUACCGUACAGUAGUGACAACAGUGAUCUCAAAGUUAAUUAUGUUAACUCGGAAGAGAUAUUAUUAAAGAUGGAUAUACACAUGUUCAUUGUUAUGAUGGCAACAAGGCUUAUCUAUGCAGAUUUAAUAAUGCAAGUGACACGGGAUGACUGUGAACGGUCUAUUGACCUUUCUUAUGAGAACAGAGUUACAAUAAACUAUGCAGAUUCGGACUUUGUGAAUAUGACAGGAUUCUGCAUUAUUGAAUUUACUACCAAUAGUUCUGAUGAAAUGAUUUGUAUCACAAGUGAUAGAACACAUUUUAUAGAUAUAAUCUGUAAGUGGUCUCUCUCCUAUCAUAUUGGAGGAUAUAGUUCGUAUGGUGAGCAGUAUUCUUGCAACGAUUUUAACAGAAAACCCCUGUGUAAGGGGACUAGACGAGUUUCUCUGGCUUAUUCAGACAAUUACCUAUUUAGUAAUGUAACUAUAAGUGUUACGUUGUUUUCAAAAACGGUUAAACAAACGACUACUACUACGAGGCGACCUUCCUGGUCAUCCUGGUCAUCGUGGUCUGGACAGUCAUCAUGGUCAUCUUGGACAUCUGACAACGACAGCUAUGGAAAGUCUCAUAAAGGAAAUAGUGCAAUAAUCGGUAUUAUUAUUGGUGUGAUUGUCGGUGUACUCCUCUUCGUCGUUUGCUGUGUUCUCAUAUUUUACAAAAAACCUACAGGCUCUACCCAGAAUGACACACCUGUUCAAAUACAGUAUCGUCCUGAAAGCCGAAAUGCAGACACCAACACCAGUCUGAUAACCGAUAGUGCAAGAGAAAGUGCCAACCCAUCAAGAUCCCACCUUGAAGAACCGGAAUCUCAAGGCCCACCGUCGUACGAAGAAGUUGAGAAACAUGAAGAUAUAUAUAAAUAUAAAGGAGAACAACUGGCGGUACCUUCUUAUCCAGAGAACAAUGUAACACCAACAGCACCUCCACCACCAUAUCCAGGAGUGUAAAGAAGACAACCAUACAGAAGAAGACUUUAGCUUCUGAUGAAGUUACAACGAAAUCAGAUUAGAGCGUUGAAAAAUGAAAGAAAAUAGUAUAUAGAUAGCAUUUAUCAGGGAAAAUAAAA